AUGCUAUUUCUGGUCGGUGAUGUAAUGUCUAUCAUGAUCGUUGUCGUUGAGUGCGGGGUGGUGAGACGGGGACAGGGGGAGGCUCCGCCCCCGCCCGGCACGUCCUUGGCCCGAGCGUUCACCUUGGUGCGCUGCGCUGCCGCACCACAGGUAACAAAGUUCCGCGAACUACGUGAUUUCUAUGGCUGUCCGAAAGUGGAUCCCGAAGUUGCUAUCUCGGGACCUACUCGCCCGGCACUAAUUUUACCAGGAAUAUGUAAUGAAACACUAAAUCAAGCCUUAGGACCCCCGUAA